CUCAGCAUGGCUGGGGAAGGGGAUGCUGCUCCUGCCUGUCAGCUUUUGCUCCCUGCUCCAGACAAGCUCCGCCCACAGGGUUACCAUACAUCCAGGUUUUCCUGGACAUGAGCUCUUUUUUUGGUCCUCCAAUUUCUGUCCGGGCAGAUUUUUGAAAUAUGAACAAAUGUCCGUCACUUUUCCUUGCUCGUCUUUUUUCCAACAUCAGUUUUGGUAGAACUGCAAUUCCCGGCAAGCCUUAAAAGCAGUGUGCGUGUUCACUGGUUUGUUACCCUUACUUCUGUACUGCUGCUGCUGGGGGUGUUGCCUUCAGAGCAGCUGGAGCGUGGCAACUGCUGGCCGGCCGCCAGCUCUGAAGGCAACACCCCAGCCGGGAGCAGCGCAGAAGGAAGGGUGGCAUGGUACUGACUGUUGAAUCGCUGAAUGGGAUCCUGCUUGUACAGUACAACUUCAGGCACGCAUCUUCCAAAGACUUUCAUGGCUACUUGAUGAGCAGUCAACCACUGCUAAGCAAGAUACGCUCUUCAAAGAAAUGUGCAUGGGCCCAAGAAGUGCAGUAGGAAAGGGCUGACUAUAUGUAAAAAGUGAGAGUGCCUGUAAUAAGCGCAACCACUACAUCCUCAUCCUCCAGCGGACCAUCUGGUGAAGGCGAAGGCAGGCAGAAAGGCAAUCAGCGACCACAUUUUGGUUUCCAGGCUUAUAUUCCAGCUCAUAAUUGAAAGAGGGUAGUCUUGCAGACCAUCGAGCAAUACGGUAUCCUGCUCUUCCCACUCCUUUUGUGGUGAGCAACGUUGUCAAAGGGCUGUGGUCUGUGCGCAACUUGAACGUGUGGCCCCACAGAGGAAUUAGGUGUCUUGGGUUUGCAAGGCAAGGAAGGCUGCAGACCAAAAGCUGGAAGUGGUUCUCAAACACCCAGAACCAAGCAAGAGAAUAACAUUAAAUUUUGGAGCACAAGGAAGAACUCCUACCAUGAAACCAUUCACUGAAGAAGAUGUGGAAUUUUACAUCCAGAAUAAGGUGGAACGGCGACACCACCUGGUGUCUAAGACAGUGGACGAGGUGCAGAAGAUCAUCCAACAGCUGACCGCAGAAAUCAGCUACAGGGACACGCGAUUUCAGGCCAUCUCCAACUCUGGUGUUCACAACGAGAAUUUUAGGGAUCAGCUAGCUUUACUGGCCAAGUGGUCCGCUCUGCUUCGGGGGAAACGCCCAUUUCACCCAUCUGUCCAGGUCUUAGCGCCCAGCCACUUUCUCAUCACAGUCCCACUGCGCGGCCUGACAGGGUACCGGGAGCGCCAGGUACGGCACUGGCGGUAUUACACCGUGCAUGGAGCAAAGCUCCUUUCCCCAGUACGGGACCCAGAGGAGCUGCAGCAGUGGCUGGAGGUGGAGCAGUUCUCAAAGAGUCUGCAGCAGUGGCAUGAGACAGAGGUGAACAUCGAAGGUGAUCUCGUUCCAGCCAAGGUCCUUGCCAUCUUCAGGGAGCUGAUGGAGAAGUCAAUUACCUCCUGUCACCUCUCCAGUAAAGUCAGCAUUCUGGAGAGUUUCAGCUCAGUGGUCCGAGUUGCUGUGGAGACACCAGACUCUCAGGUAGAGGUGGAGCUGGUCCCUACUGUGGAAAUCCCAACCUGCUGGCCUGAGAGAGCCCGGUGGCCCCGCUGCUUCAAGCGCUGGCCUUCCCAGGAGAAAGUACAGUGCAUCAAGUCAUUUGGCUUUAAUCUCCUGGCCCGCUCCAAUUACCACUGGCAGCUGGGCUUCUCCCGAGCUGAGCGCAUGCUGAUAGAGGGCCUUGACGAGGACGGUGGCUGCCGCAUGAAGUGCUUCCGGGUCAUGAGACAAAUGAAGGAGGAUGUCUGGUGUACAGGAAAUAAGCCAGUCCUGACGACCUAUCACCUACAGAUGGUGCUGUUCUGGACAUGCGAGAAGUACCCGCGCACCAAGGACUGGCUCUGCUUCCGGGAAGGCUUCUUGCGCAUGGUGCAGAAGCUGCACAAGUGCGUGAGCCAGCACUUCCUGAAGCAUUACUUCGUCAGGGGCACCAACCUGCUCAAGUAUGCCAACACCAGCGACCUGGACCUAGUGGCAGGCAAGCUCGCCGUCUUCCUGGAGAACCCCGUGCUCUGCCUGGACUGAGGCAGGGAGAACCUGCUAUCCCAAUCUUGUUUUACUACCUAGCCCUUCUUGUUGUCUGUAGUUGUUCUUCCUGACCUUUCAGUAGAUGCUGUGACCUUGAACGUGAGACGUGUGGCACGUGCAGUAUGGAAGAGAAGAGUCAAACUGAGAGCAGUAAGAGGACAAAACUAGAGGGUUUCUUGAUGCCCAGCCAUUGCAAUUUGCUUUCUACAGCUUGAGCUGCCUGUCUUGGAGCCACUGCCAUCCAGAUCCCCAAAACAAACCAGACUAGAUACUGCCCCACUGUUUGUCACUAGUCCUAUGGCUCAUAGGCCAAAAUGCAGAGUGGUCUAGUGGUAAGAGCAGGGGACUAGCAAUCAGGAGACCUUACUCUGCCACCUACUCGCUGUGAGGCCUUCUGUUCAUCACUUGACUCCUCUAUGCUGCCUCCUCGCCCAUCUGUAAAAUGGAAUUAAUCCCUACCUACCUGACAGCAUUGUUGUGAGACUGAAUGAAUGUUUGUACAGUGCAAUGAGAUACUCAGAUGGAGACCUCGGUACAAUCACAAGGUGUUAUUGUUAGAGCCAGUCUCUCUCACCUCCCUCCACAAUUAAAUGUGGGUCCCGCCCUCAUGGUAAAGAGAGUUUAAUUGAUAAGUGUUGAAUAGUUCAGAUACUGUUUUUUGCCUUUCCCUCGUGGUCUUUUUGUCUCACAUUUUGCUUGGGGCAGGCUUCCCAGGUUUGCCUUUGCCACCUGUGUAGUGCCAUGCUGUCAGCCCCCGGCGGUGUUUGCUGUGACAGAGCUCUCUAGCACAUCUGUCUCUGCCCAGCUGUCUGGGGGAUGAACUGAUCUCUCACCUUUUAGCACCUGUAUAUUUUUGAGUGCUGUUAGAGACAGAAGGAGAAUUUGUCAAAGGUUCCUAGUUGCAGAGGAUUCCAGAGCUUUAUAUAAAUAACAUAUAAAAAAUAAAGUGCUAGUGUUUUGAGAAAAGAAACAAAAAAAGUUCUAAAGUGAAUGUUGUGUUUAAUGUUCUUAAAUGACUCAAAUUUAAAAUCAAGUGUUUUAUUUUCUAGAACCGUAAAUUGCUGGCUGGAUUAUAACAUGCUCACAUAAUUUAAAAAGACACCUUCUCUUAGCUAUCAUGGCCAGGGGAUCAUCAUGAGCUCUGCUCUAGCCCCUUACACCCUUUCAUGUGAUUAUAAGCUCUUUGGGGCAGGGUCUGUCUUUUCAUGAUGAGUGCAUACAGCACCCAACACAAUGAUCCUUGACUGGGGCAGCGAGGCCUCCCACAAUAUAGAUAAUAAUUAGGGCUGUUGACUAAUCGCUGUUAACUCACGCAAUUAAAUAAAGAAAAAUUAAACGUGAUUAAAAAAGUAAUCAUGAUUAAUCGCAGUUUUAAUCAUACUGUUACACAAUAGAAUACCCAUUGAAAUUUAUUAAUCAUUUUUGGAUGUUUUUCUACAUUUUUCAAUAUAUUGAUUUAAAUUACAACACAGAGUACAAAGUGUACAGUGAUCACUUUAUAUUAUUAUUUUAAAAAACUGUCACAAAGUUCCUCCUCUACCUUGGUGGGUCUUGCGCUUAUUGGAGGAUUUGCUUGCCUCGGAGAUUCACGGCAGCCCUCAGUUUGGCCGUUUUCGUGAACCCACAGUCCAGGUCAACUCGUGUCUGACCAGGAGUUGGGAGGUUUGGGGGAAACCCGGGCCCGCCCUCUACUCUGGGUUCUAGCCCAGGGCCCUGUGGAAUGCAGCUGUCUAGAGUGCCUCCUGGAACAGCUGUGUGACAGCUACUACUCCCUGGGCUACUUCCCCAUGGCCUCCUCCCAACACCUUCUUUAUCCUCACCCUAGGACCUUUCUCUUGGUGUCUGAAAAUGCUUGUACUCCUCAGUCCUCCAGCAGUACGCAUUCUCACUCUCUGCUCCUAGUGCCUAUUGCUCCCAGCUCCUCACGCGCAUGCCACAAACUGAAGUGAGGUCCUUUUUAAACUCAGGUGCACUGAUUAGCCAGCCUUAAUUGAUUCUAGCAGCUUCUUGAUUGGCUGCAGGUGUUCUAAUCAACCUGUCUGUCUUAAUUGUUUCCAGAAAGUUCCUGAUUGUUCUGGAUCCUUCCCUGUUGCCUUACCCAGGGAAAGGUGACCUACUCAACCUGGGGCUAAUAUAUGUCUUCUAUCACUCUCCUGUAGCCAUCUGGCCUGACCCUGUCACAUUACAAAUAUUUGCACUGUAAAAAGGAUAAACAAAAGAAAUAGUAUUUUUCAAUUCACCUCAUACUGUAGCGCAAUCUCUUUAUCAUGAAAGCGCAACUUACAAAUGUAGAUUUUUUUUUUGUUACAGAACUGCAUUCAAAAACAAAACAAUGUAAAACUUUAGAGCCUACAAGUCCACUCAAUCCUACUUCUUGUUCAGCCAAUCGCUAAGACAAACAAAUUUAUUUGCAUUUGCGGGAGAUACUGCUGCCGGCUUCUUAUUUACAAUGUCACCUGAAAGUGAAAACAGGUGUUCACAGGGCACUUUUGUAGCAGGCAUUACAAGGUAUUUACAUGCCAGAUAUGCUAAACAUUCCUAUGCCCUUCAUUCUUUGGCAGCCAUUCCAGGGGACAUGCUUCCAUGCUGAUGACUCUCGUUAAAAAAAUAAUGUGUAAAUUAAAUUUGUGACUGAACUCCUUGGGGGAGAAUUGCAUGUUUCCUACUCUGUUUUACUCACAUUCUGCCAUGUAUUUCAUAUUAUAGCAAUCUGGGAUGAUGACUCAACACAUGUUGUUCAUUUUAAGAACAUUUUCACUGCAGAUUUUACAAAAUGCAAAGAAGGUACCAAUGUGAGAUUUCUAAAGAUAGCUACAACAAUUGACCCAAGGUUUCAGAAUCUGAAGUGCCGUCCAAAAUCUGAGAGGGGUGAGAGGUGUGGCGCCUGCUUUCAGAAGUCUUAAAAAAGCAACACUCUGAUGCGGAAACUACAGAAUCCGAACCAUCAAAAAAGAAAAUCAACCUUCUGCCGGUGGCAUCUGAUUCAGAUGAUGAAAGUGAACAUGCAUCGGUCCACUCCAGUUUGGAUCAUUAUCGAGCAGAACCCGUCAUCAGCAUGGACGCAUGUCCUCCGGAAUGGUGGUUGAAGCAUGAAGGGACAUAUGAAUCUUUAGUGCCUCUGGCACAUAAAUAUCUUGAAACGCCAGCUACAACAGUGCCAUGUGAACGUCUGUUCUCACUUUCAGGUGACAAUGUAAACAAGAAGCGGGCAGCAUUAUCUCCUGUAAAUGUAAAUAAACUUGUUUUUCUGAGUGACUGGCUGAACAAGAAGUAGGACUGAGUGGACUUGUAGACUCUCUAAAGUUUUACAUUGUUUUAUUUUUGAAUAGUUAUUUUUUGUACAUAAUUCUACAUUUGUAAGUUCAACUUUCAUGAUAGAGAUUUCAUUACAGUACUUGUAUUAGGUGAAUUGAAAAAUAUUAUUUAUUUUGUUUUUUUUCCAGCACAAAUAUUUGUAAUAAAAAUAAAUACAAAGUGAGCACUGUACACUUUAUAUUCUGUGUUGUAACUGAAAUCAAUAUAUUUGAAAAUGUAGAAAACAUCCAAAAAUAUUUAAAUAAGUGGUAUUCUAUUAUUGUUUAACAGUGCAAUUAAUCAUGCAAUUAAUCACAACUAAUUUUUUUUAAUUGCUUGGCAGCCCUAAUAAUAAUAAUCUGUUUCCAGCUCCCUCCCCGUGUCUCUUUCCAGCCCCUCCUUCUCAAAGGCCAUCUCUGUCCCAGUUCUCUCUCAUAUCCAAGGAUGCUUUUUGCCCAUGUCUGGCCCUCUCAUACUCUCUCUCCCAAGCUCUAACUUCAAUAACAUUAUUGACAUGACAAGGAAUACAAGUGUCAUCCAAGCUAACAGCCUGAGUGUCUGUCUCGAAGGAGCUCUCGUGGACUUGAUAGGCUCAUUUUUGUAUCCCUGUCCAUUUCUGAGUUGGUAGCAGGAUACCAUCAUUCUCUGUCCCCCAGUUCCAUCCUCCUGUCCCAGACUACUCUUUUUCACCUCCAGCCCCUUUCCCCUCUCUCCUCCUUUCCCCAGAACUUACUGUCUUGUUUAAGGCAGUUCCCCUACAGCACUUGCCUGUCUUUCACCUCCUCUCAGCACUCAUGCUGGGAAGGGAAUUCAAUAUGAAUUCGAUAAGAGGUCUCCAUUAGCAGCACCAACAAAGAUGACUCUGCCUGAUGUGAUCACUGCACUCAGGGAAAAUUUGUUUCAUCUCCAUGAUAGGUCCUUCCCUGUGGGUCUUUUCAAACCUUCCCCCUUCUGCAUGCAUGGUAUGCAAAUCUCAUGCAAGCUUGCAGGUUCUGCUUGUACAGCAGUCACUACUGCUCCUUCACUGUUUCUCUUGUCAUCUCCACCACCCUUUAUAAUUCUGUAAAGGUGGGAGAGGGGUUGCAUUCAGUUACAACCCCUUCUCUGCCCAGUCCCCAGAUGGAGAGAAAAAAGGAAAUGGGGAGCUUCCAAAAUGGCUAUAAAGAGACCCGUCCAUUCUCCAGGUUGGCCUCUUCCCCCAUCCUAUGGUCACCCACACAGUGAAGAUGAAGAGAAGAUGACAGUAGGGCUGCAAAGAACUUGAAAAGUGAUGGAAGGGGCUGGGGAAUGCCAAGUUUCCACCUAUACUGGUAAUUGUGGACUUGCAGCACCCUCUAGCAUCAAGUUGUGGUAUGGCCACGAAUACUUUUUCUAUAGUCUGCCUUUUCUCUCUCCUUGAUUUUAUAAAUGGAAGCAACACAUCUCUAAGUUUAUUCAGGUCUCAUGGUCCAGAGCACAGGGAUGGGAGUUUGGCUAUUUAUCAAAUCCAGACCCCUAGCCUUUGAGGUUUGCCCCAUGCUUCUUUCUCAGAGCUGGGUAGGAACUGCUUUUCCUAUCCAUUGAACUCUCAAAAAGGUUCACAACUCUUUUUCCAUUCAACCCUGGGAUGAAAUCAAGAAGUUUCAAAAAAAGAAAAGACACCCAGCACCACCCCAUCAGAGUGUGAUUCAGCACAGGGAUGUGAACAUGAGUCUCAUACAGUCCAGGUGAGUACCUUAGCCAUUGGACUACAGAGUCUGUCUAUUGCUUUUUGUGGCCCAAUGAAUAUUUAAUUUAUACAAAAUGGAACAACUCCAACAGGAGUGAUUGAUUAGGCCCCACUCCAGAAUAGCCUUUUGGUUAGGGCACUCCCCUGACAUAAGAGUAGUGGUGUAGUCCUGAAUAGUGCAUGAGAGGUCAUGCUAAGUGGAGGAUGCCAUUUGGAGAAUGCCAUUUUGUUCUCCGUGCAGCAAAAAUGCAGGUAUGCCAUUGCAGUGCAAUCUGGCCCCACUACAGCCCAGUCUAGGAGAGAGCCAGGUUCAAGUCCCUCUUCUGUCUGACUGACAGGAAGAACUUGAAGGUCUCCCAGGUGAGGCUUAUAAUUACAGGGUAUUGUCUAAUCUCUGAGGUGAACUCUGGUUUUGACCAGAAAUUCCACCCUGGACCCAAGGCGCCUUCCC